CCAAAGCUUUUAUAUAAUAACAAGCAUGUGCCUGCACGUGAACUGUUCCUUUAAGAAGCCUUGGGCUAGCGGAAGAAGGGGGAUCUGGAGAAAAGGCAGCCCUACAGCUGUAACAUAGGGCAGAGGUUAAAUCUGUUGCCAUUUUUAUUGCAAGUAUGGUCACUGCAUACUCUCUCCCUGAAGGCUUCACUGAAUUAGAGGUGUUUGCCAUCGGCACUGCCCUGCUGGUAGAAGCCCUGCUUGGCUUCUGUCUGAAUGGCUUGACAAUUAUUUCUUUCCGAAAAAUCAAAGAACUCCGAACACCCAGCAAUCUGCUGAUUCUCAGCAUUGCACUGGCCGAUUGUGGGAUCUGCAUCAACGCAUUCAUCGCUGCCUUUUCCAGCUUCCUAAGAUACUGGCCCUAUGGCUCUGAAGGCUGUCAGAUCCAUGGAUUCCAGGGUUUCUUGACAGCACUAGCCAGCAUUAGCUCCAGCGCUGCAGUUGCCUGGGACCGGUAUCAUCACUACUGUACAAGGAGCAAGCUGCAGUGGAGCACGGCCAUCUCCAUGGUGGUGUUUUCAUGGCUGUUUGCUGCCUUUUGGUCCAUGAUGCCCCUGCUGGGGUGGGGGGAAUACGACUACGAACCCCUCCGAACCUGCUGCACCCUGGACUACAGCAAAGGGGACAGAAACUACAUCACAUUCCUUUUCGCUUUGUCCAUUUUCAAUUUUGUGAUCCCAGGCUUCAUCAUGCUGACAGCCUAUCAGUCCAUAUUCCAGAAGUUCAAGAAAACUGGGCACUAUAAGUUUAAUACUGGUUUACCACUGAAGACGCUGGUCAUUUGCUGGGGCCCUUAUUGCCUUUUAUGCUUCUACGCAGCAGUUGAAAAUGUGACGUUCAUUUCACCAAAAUACCGCAUGAUUCCUGCUGUUAUUGCCAAGACUGUGCCUACGGUGGAUGCCUUUAUAUAUGCCUUGGGGAAUGAGAACUACAGAGGAGGAAUAUGGCAGUUCCUCACAGGACAGAAGAUUGAGAAAGCAGAAGUUGAUAACAAAACUAAAUAACCCAUUACAGCACUGAGCAAGAUUAAUUCAAGUGCAUCACUGAAAGCAAAACUAUAGAGGAAACUGCAUUCUCUGAUGUGUACAUGCAAAGGUGGUUCCACAUUGGAAAGGCUGUGCAUUGGCUACAAGCAACAAAGUACUAAAAGUAAGCCCUCCAGAUAACUGUUCAAACCAUCAUGAGCUGCUUGUCAAACAAGCUGCCUUAAACCUAUGUUGAUUGUCAUCAGUUUCAUUUUAUAUGUCACUGCAAAUAAACUACGUGCUGGAAAGCAUUUUUUUUUCCUUUUACACUAAAAUAAAAGCUCAGCAAAUUAACUGAAGCAGGGUAUUCAUUUAUCCAGUGAGACCUCCUCAAAGCAAUCUGUACAGUUUGUCCAUAUGGCAAUGUCUGGAUUACUAAAAGAUUAAAGGAAUAUCCAGUAUUA